GCUCAAACUAUGGUUGCUCAGUCGACGUAUAUAAAGAGCUAUGAUAACACCAUAGUAACAUUGAAGAGUAAAAUCUUUUCAUUUUCGGUUUCAAAUAAAUAUUGCUUGUAGAAAAUAAAUCGAUCAAAAUUUUAUAAAGUAAAUUUUAUACAUUUAAAAAUGUAUUUAUUUUACUUUUUUACAAUUUUCGCUCUGACAAAUCAGGCAUUAGCAGAAAUUUUUAUUGAAGAAAAAUUUACUGACGAUUCUUGGAAAGAGAAUUGGGUUCAGUCAGAACAUGAAGGUCAAGAGUAUGGAAAAUUCGUUUUAAGCCAUGGUAAAUUCUGGAAUGACGAGUCACUAGAUAAAGGCUUACAAACAUCUCAAGAUGCCAAGUUCUACGCUAUUAGUAGAAAAUUUGAUUCAUUCAGUAAUGAAAAUAAACCACUUGUUAUCCAAUAUUCUGUAAAACAUGAACAGAAUAUCGAUUGUGGUGGUGGUUACAUUAAAGUAUUUGAUUGCUCUUUGAAUCCGAAAGAUUUGCAUGGCGAAACACCCUACCUAAUGAUGUUUGGACCGGAUAUUUGCGGACCUGGAACUAAAAAAGUACAUGUUAUUUUGAACUACAAGGGUAAAAACUUGAUGGUAAAUAAGAACAUUCGUUGCAAAGAUGAUGUCUUUACCCAUCUUUACACUUUGAUUAUCACGCCUGAUAACACGUACGAGGUUCUUAUCGACAAUGAGAAGGUCGAAUCUGGAAAAUUAGAAGAAGAUUGGGAUUUCUUGCCUCCUAAAAAAAUAAAGGAUCCAUCAGUUUCCAAGCCAACUGACUGGGAAGAUGAAGCUACUAUUCCAGAUCCUGAAGAUAAAAAACCAGCUGACUGGGAUAAACCUGAACAUAUUCACGAUCCUGAAGCUGCAAAACCGGAAGAUUGGGAUGAUGAAAUGGAUGGUGAAUGGGAAGCUCCUAUGAUUGACAAUCCAGAAUUUAAGGGUGAAUGGAAACCUAAACAAAUAAGCAAUCCUAACUACAAAGGGCCAUGGGUUCAUCCAGAAAUUGACAACCCGGAAUAUUCUCCAGAUCAGAAUUUGUACCUAAAAAAAGAAAUUUGCGCUGUAGGUUUCGAUUUAUGGCAGGUCAAAUCUGGAAGUAUAUUCGACAAUAUACUCAUUACCGAUGACGUCGAUUAUGCAAAACAAGUCGGAAAAACCAUUUUGGAAUCUACAAUUGAAGGAGAAAAGAAAAUGAAAGAAAAACAAGAAUUAGAGGCCAAAAAAGAUGGUGAAAAUGAAGACACGUCAAAAUCUGAUGACUCAAUGGAUGAUUCUGAUAUUGGUGGAGAUGAUCUAUUAAAUAAUAAUUUACCAGAUACAGAAGAGCAUGAUGAGCUAUAAGAACAUUUUUUAUCAACGCUUCAAAUUUCAACGUAAACAAAUAUCAACCAACGCAAUUGAAAGAGGAAAAUUUUAAAACGUUUUCAAGUAGGAAUGGCUAUUAUUUUCAAAUUUCUACAGACAAUAAUCUUAAUCCACCACUUUAUGUAAAAAUCUGUAAAGAUGAAGGUUGUAUUCGAAAUAUAAAACCAUCUUUGUAAAGUAGAUUCUUUCAUUAAAAUUUUUUUAUGUCUUAAAGAUAAUGUAAGAUGAAAUUUCGUAAUAAAUGUCUUUUUUUCAA